AUGUCCUCCCCAGAGAAAUCCUCCGACAACGACCACGGCCAUGAAGUCCCCCCUUCAGCCGCCGACGCCGUCAGGGACAUCACAUCCCCCGGUGUGCAGCGCAUCAAGGCCAUGUCCGAAGUGAUCACCCUCACCGACCGCAUCUUCAUCUUCUUCGGCGUCUUCCUAAUCGCCUACGCCUACGGCCUCGACGGCACCGUGCGCUACGCCUACCAGCCCUCCGCGCUCAACAGCUUCCAGGAACACUCGCUCCAGUCCUCCGUCAAUACCCUCCGCGCCGUCAUCGCAGCAGCUGCGCAGCCCACUGCGGGAAAGAUCGCUGAUGUGUUUGGUCGUGUGGAACUUAUCUGUAUCUCUGUGUUCUUUUACACCAUUGGAACUGUCAUUGAGGCUGCGGCACAGAAUCUGGAUACGUACUCUGCUGGUGCGGUUAUUUACCAGAUUGGAUAUACCAUGAUUCUUUUGCUUGUGGAGGUCAUCAUUGGAGAUAUCACGUCUGUGCGAUCGCGUUUGUUCUUUAGUUACAUCCCCGCUCUGCCGUUCAUCAUCAACACCUGGGUCAGCGGCGAUGUCACAGAAGCUGUCCUUGGAGCUACGACUUGGCGAUGGGGAAUCGGCAUGUGGUGCAUCAUCUACCCCGUCUGCGCGCUCCCUCUCAUCAUCAGUCUUCUCGUCGUUGGACACCGCGCCAAGAAGGCCGGCCAUCUCGUUGGCUACCGCUCUUCAUUCCAACAGCUCGGCUUCAACAAACUGACCGUCGAGCUCUUUUGGCUUCUCGAUAUCAUCGGCGUAAUCCUCCUCAUCGCCGUCUUCGCCCUGCUCCUCGUCCCUCUCACCAUCGCAGGAGGAUUCGAGAGCAAGUGGUCAGACCCUCAGGUCGUAGCCCCCCUCGUCAUCGGCUUCGUCUGCAUUCCCGUCUUUGUCGUGUGGGAACUCCGCGCUCCUCACCCCCUGGUUCCCUUCCACCACAUGAAGGAUCGCUCCGUCUGGGCCCCCAUGGGAAUUGCUUGCAUGCUCAACUUUGCCUGGACAAUGCAGGGCGACUAUCUCUACACCGUUCUCCAGGUCUCCUUCAACUUUAGCAUCAAGGCCGCUACACGGGUUCAAUCGCUCUACUCCUUCGCAAGUGUCAUCACCGGCACAAUUCUCGGCCUUAUCGUGUACAAGGUGCGCCGCUUCAAGGUCUUCAUCGUAUCAGGAACAUGUCUCUUCCUCGUCGCAUUCGGUCUCCUCAUCCGAUACCGUGGCGACCCCAGCUCCGACAACAAAUCCGGCGUCAUUGGCGCACAGAUCCUCCUCGGUAUCGCGGGUGGUAUGUUCCCGUACCCCGCGCAGGCCUCGCUCCAAGCCUACGUUACCCACGAGCGACUCGCCGUCAUGACGGGUCUGUACCUCGCGCUGUACCAGGUCGGCUCGGCCUUUGGAAAUGCCGUCUCCGGUGCCAUCUGGACGCAGGUUCUCCCUGUGCGACUUGCCCAGAGCUUCUCCAGCUUCGGAAACGAGACUCUGGCUGUGUACGCCUACUCUCAGCCUCUGUCUGCCAUUCUCGACUUCCCUGUUGGUUCUGAUGAGCGUGAUGCCAUGAUUGAUGCGUACAAGCACGUCCAGCGCCUGCUUACCAUCACUGGUAUCUGUCUUUGUGUUCCUCUUAUCGCGUUCUCGCUGUGCUUGCGUAACCCCAAGCUCACCGAUCAGCAGAACUUGGUUGAGGAUGAGAAGCCCGGUGCGGCUGCUGAGCGUUCUUCGGCGUCUGCUUAG